UGCCUCACCUGUCUGACCUGUCCCCCCCUGUCCCACCUGUCCCACCUGUCCCCCCCUGUCCCCCCAGACUCGGUGACGUCAUCGCUGGGCUCCCUGCAGCUGCGGGAGGGCCCCAAUCGCUGCUCGGGGCGGGUGGAGCUGCUGCACGAGCACAGGUGGGGCACGGUCUGCGACGACGGCUGGGACCUGCGGGACGCGCAGGUGAUCUGCCGCCAGCUGGGCUGUGGCCACGCCCUGGCCGCGCCCGGCCACGCCAAUUUCGGCCGGGGCCACGACGUCAUCUGGCUGGACGAGGUGAACUGCACCGGGACGGAGAAUUCCAUCCUGGAAUGUCCCGCCAAGACCUGGGGGGACAACAACUGCUUCCACGGGGAGGACGCCGGCGUCAUCUGCUCAGCCUCUGGGAUGGCGGUGCCCGCCGAGGUGCGCUUGGCCAACGGCUCCACCCGCUGCCAGGGGCAGGUGCAGGUGUCCUAUGGGGGCACCUGGGCGGCCCUGUGCGACCACGGGUGGGGCCUGGCCGAGGCCCAGGUGGUCUGCAGGCAGCUGGGCUGCGGCCACGCCCUCUCCACACCUGGAGGCUCCUGGUUCGGGCAGGAGCAGAUGAAGGUGUGGCCGGGGAGCAUCACCUGCGUGGGGACAGAGCAGGAGCUCCUGGGCUGCCAGGUGAAGCCCUGGGAGAACCGCACGUGUCACCUGGGCGGGGCGGCGGGCGUGGUCUGCACAGGUAACCCCGAGGCCGACCAGGUGCGCCUGGUGAACUCCAGCAGCCGCUGCGCCGGGAGGGUCGAGGUGUUCCACAACGGCAGGUGGGGCACGGUCUGCGACGACACCUGGGACCUGGCGGACGCCCAGGUGGUCUGUCGCCAGGUGGGCUGCGGGAAGGCCCUGUCGGCACCUGGGAGGGCCCAAUUCGGGCGGGGCACUGGCGUCAUCUGGUUGGACGAGACCAACUGCACGGGGGCGGAGCCUCACCUGUCCGCCUGCCCCGCCCGGCCCUGGGGCCGCAAUAACUGCUACCAUGGCGAGGACGCAGGUGUGGUGUGCUCAGACUCCUUGAUCCCGGAGCCGCCUCACCUGCGCUUGGUCAACGGCUCCCACCGCUGCGCCGGGCGGGUGGAGCUGCUUCACCUGGACAGGUGGGGCGGGGUCUGUGCCGGGGGCUGGUCCCACGAGGCCGCCCAGGUGGUCUGUCGGUACCUGGGCUGCGGCACCGCCCUGCGAGGGGCGGAGUUCGGCGCACCUGGGCAGGUGUGGCUCGACCAGGUGAGCUGCCAAGGGACGGAGAAGAGCCUCGGGGAGUGUCGGACGAGCCCGUGGGCCCAGCGCACCUGUGAGGGCGGGAGAGCCGCAGGUGUGGUGUGCUCAGGUUCGGAGCCGCCGGGCGAUGCCCAGGUGCGCCUGGCGGGCGGCCCAGGUGAGUGCGCGGGGCGGGUCGAGGUGCUCCACGCCGGCGCCUGGGGGACGGUCUGCGACGACACCUGGGACUUCGCCGCCGCCGCCGUCGUGUGCCGCUCCCUGGGCUGCGGACAGGUGAUCUCGGCCCCGCCCCGCGCGCGCUUCGGGGAGGGGCGCGGCCCCAUCUGGCUGGACGGGCUCACCUGCCAGGGCCACGAGGGGCACCUGGGCGAGUGUCGCCACAAGAGCUGGGGCAUCCACGGCUGCGAGCACAACGAGGACGCCAGCGUGGUGUGCGCAGGUUCUCACCUGGCCGACCUGACCCACCUGCGCUUGGCCGACGGUCCCGACAGGUGCUCGGGGCGGGUGCAGGUGCUCCACGCCGGGCGCUGGGGCGGGGUCUGCGCCCACUCCUGGCACCUGGCGGCCGCCCAGGUGGUCUGCGCCCAGCUGGGCUGCGGGAGGGCGAUGGGCGCGGCCCAGGUGAAGCCGGGCGAGGGCGAGCUCACCUGGCUGGAGGCCGUUACCUGCCGGGGGGAUGAGGGGGCCCUCCUGGAGUGCCAGGUGAGGGGCUGGGGGGGCCCCCGCACCUGCGGCCUCGGAGGACACGCCCACGUCACCUGUACAGGUGUGACCCAGGGGCGCUCCGGUAAGCCUGGAAGCUCAGGUGAGCCAGGUGAGCCUGGUCACCCAGGUGAGCCAGGUGAGCUCCGCCUGGCUGACGGCCCCCACCACUGCUCGGGGCGCGUCGAGGUUCUCCACAACCACACCUGGGGCACCGUCUGCGGCCGCACCUGGGACCUGGCGGCCGCCCAGGUGGUCUGCCGUCACCUGGGCUGCGGCCACGCCCUCAGCACACCUGGAGCCGCCCGUUUUGGGGCGGGGCCCGGCCCCACCUGGCUGGAUGGGCUCAGGUGCGUCGGCAAUGAAACCACAAUCGCCCAGUGCCCGGGCAGCACCUGGGGGCGGCACACCUGUGACCACCUGGACCACGCCGGGGUCGUGUGCUCAGGUGCCCCCCCGGCAGGUAACUCCAGCUCAGGUGAGGUGAGGUUGGUGGACGGGCCUCACCGGUGCAUGGGGCGUGUCGAGGUGUUCCACGACGGCCAAUGGGGGACGGUCUGCGACGACAGCUGGGACCUGAAGGAGGCCCAGGUGGUCUGUCGCCAGGUGGGCUGCGGGGAGGCCCGGGCCGCCCAUGGCCAUGCCCAUUUCGGGCAGGGGGCGGGGCCCAUCUGGCUGGAUGACAUCCUGUGCGCGGGGGACGAGACACACCUGGCGCAGUGCCGCGCCCCGCCCUGGGGGAACAACAACUGCCACCACGGCGAGGACGCAGGUGUGGUGUGCUCAGGUGCCAACGUGACGGAGGAGCAGUUCCAGGUGCGCCUGGUGGGCGGCCCCACCCCCUGCGCGGGGCGGGUGGAGGUGCUGCACCUGCACAGGUGGGGCACGGUCUGCGACGACACCUGGGACCUGCAGGACGCGCGGGUCACCUGCCGCCAGCUGGGCUGCGGGGACGCCGUGGCUGCCCCCGGCCACGCCCACUUCGGGGAAGGGGCGGGGCCUGUCCUGCUGGACCAGGUGGGCUGCACAGGUGAGGAGAACACCUUGGAAGAGUGCGACACGGGCCCCUGGGGGGUCCACAACUGCAACCACCAGGAGGACGCGAGCGUGGUGUGCGCAGGUCCCACC